AUGCAAGUCCACCCCAAAGGCAAGACGGCGUGGUAUCACGUCUCGGAAACUAGGACUUUAUGCAGAUCCCCCAGCCAAUUCACCCUCCGAAAAAAAUCCAUCUCGGUAAAGACUUCUAUGAAACACUGGAUGGCCUAUCAACUCUCUAGAACUGACCGGAGUUUCGUCCGGUCCACCGUGAACUCCGUUUGGCGGAUUUCCCAUUGCCUAGAAGUGAACAACUGCCGCUCAAGCUUCCCCAAGCUCCCGGCCCGAACACCAAGAAAUCUUCAUCUGAACUAUGACCUCAUCGCACCCCACACCAAUGCGACCCCUAAAACCCUUCACUUGCGAACCGGACCUUGGCCGAAGUCACCGAUACUCCUAACUGCAGGUUUCAUAUCAAGAGUCCAUGGGAAUAUCCUUUCAAACUUUUCAUCCGAGGUUGCACCAUGCAGAAACGAUGAUCACAAUCCAACCUCUUACACCCACAACUACCCACACAAAACCCACCAGAUCUGGGAAUAUGGGCGGAACAAGAUCGUCCCCCACCCCGCUGGGAUGCCCUUAGCCCGCCAAUGCGAUUCACAGGCUCGACAGGACCGCACGUGGAGGGUUACCGAGUGA